UCCGCGUGGACCUGAAGGCACCACCACUCCACCCCUAACCUAACGGCAGUCAUUACCAGCAGCGGCAUACCAGCACACUAACUUAAAUGUUCACCAUGCCGCGGCUUUUUUGGCCUUAAACUCCUCCUAAAACAACAUUUGUAGUUUAUAACCAGUAUUUUCUUGACAGCAGGACUUGUUUGCGAGGCUAGCCGCAGUGGGCUAGCGGGGCUAGCUAGCUAGCUAACGACACUUGGCUGUAAACUCCUGCUCGGCUGACGCCCCCCCCCCAAGGCACCCUACUGGACUUCUCUACUUCUUCUCUGAUGUGUGCUUUUGUAGCUCCACAACCUGGCCGUGUAAGAUGGCUCUCGAGCUCGUCUGAAGGACCUCGCUCUCACCGCGACACCCGAUAGCACACCUGUCGCUGCUCCUGCCCCGAAGACCUUCUGGACAACACCCUCGCCUCUUCUCUCUCACCUCCUGUGAGACUACUAUGCCUCUGGGUUUGGGUAGAAGGAAGAAGGCGUCCCCCUUGGUGGAGAAUGAAGAAGCGGAGCCCAUCCGCGCCGGUCUCAACAUUCCAGGGAUGGGGGGCUUGGCGGACGGAGCGGGCGUGGUCGGUCUGGGAGAAGGCGCCGCCUCAGAGGGGCUGCCUCCGCCCCCCAGCGGCAUGCGACCACGUCUCAUCUUCCACACGCAGCUGGCUCACGGCAGCCCCACCGGACGCAUCGAGGGCUUCAGCAACGUACGGGAGCUCUACUCCAAGAUCGGAGAAGCUUUCGGAAUCCCGCCAGCUGAGGUGAUGUUUUGCACAUUGAACACGCACAAGGUGGACAUGGACAAACUACUUGGAGGCCAGAUUGGCUUAGAGGACUUUAUCUUUGCACACAUUAAAGGACAGCGGAAAGAAAUUGAAGUGUUCAAAGGGGAGGACGCGCUCGGCUUAACCAUCACAGACAACGGAGCUGGCUAUGCUUUCAUUAAGCGGAUCCGCGAGGGCAGCAUCAUUCACCAGAUUCAGGUCAUCAAUGUGGGCGACAUGAUAGAGUCCAUCAACGGCCAUCGCCUGAUUGGCUGCCGGCACUACGAGGUGGCCAAGAUGCUGAAAGAGUUGCCCAAGGGAAAGGACUUCAUCAUCAAGCUAACGGAACCUCUCAAAGCCUUCGAUAUGAUUAGCCAGCGGUCCGGAGGGUCCAGGUCAUCAUCAGGGGUCCAGCUAGGCACCGGCAGGGGGACUUUGCGGCUGCGCUCCAGGGGUCCUGCAACUGUAGAGGAAGUGCCCUCCGCCUUUGAGGAGAAAGCCAUUGAGAAGGUGGACGACCUGCUGGAGAGUUACAUGGGCAUCAGGGACAGCGAGCUGGCGGCCACCAUGGUGGAGCUGGGCAAGGACAAGAAGAACCCUGACGAGUUUGCCGAAGCAUUAGACGAGACCCUCGGAGACUUCGCCUUCCCGGACGAGUUUGUGUUCGACGUGUGGGGUGCCAUCGGCGAUGCAAAGGUGGGACGGGUGUGAGCGGAGGAUUAACGGAGGCCAACAAAGCUGUGCGUGUGUCCACUACUUCUGCACAGAAGGGUUUAUUUGGAUGCUAUAUACUGUGUACUUCUGCUGUUUAAGACUUCACUGACUAAUCAUUUCUCUCAGUGCCAGGAAAGCAAGCUGCUUUUUUUUCCUUUUUUUUUUAUCUGGUCUUCCCGUGGUUGAACUGCAAGCCCGAGCCUCCCCUGCAUGUUGUUAUAAUUAUGGGACGCUAACACAAAGUUGCAUUGAUGUAACACUGCCUUCCCCCCCGACAACAUCUGCAGUGUCGUGCUGUCUUGACCCUCCACUCCCUCUUUUUACAAUGCAUGAGCAGUUCCAUUAUUUUAUAUUCAUUCUUACAAUGCAGUUUGUUUUUUUUUGCUGUUUUUUCUUUCUAAAGAAAAACAUGUGGGGUGUCAAAAAAGGUAGUAAGUGUAGCUCGCUGAAAAAAAGAACAUCACUGGUGUUUAGUCCGCACAUUCCACGCUGUAAUGACUGCAGUGCUACUCUGAAAAACAGUGUUAUACAUUUAUAUAUAUAUAAAAAGUCACUUUUUUGUUAGCGUGGCUGUCAUGGAUGGAGAUGUAGUUUAUGCCAAUGCUUGUGCUGAGUUAGUUUUUAUUGUUAUUAAUGGCUAGUGUUUUUAUAUAAAGUGAUGUGACCUCUACUUGAAAGGAGAUUGUGUGUUUUGUAAACAUUACCAAGCUUUGUGGAAGCUGAGGGAAGUGUUACAAGAGGAUUGUGGUGCAUGACACAGCAACUACUACUGUCACUUUUUAGUGUGGGCCGGAUAUAUAUCUUUUCCAAAUUUAAGUGUCACAUUUGGCUAUUUUGUCUGGAAAUGUCUUCAUUCACUCUUAAAGGAGCAUUGUCAAUGUGACUUUGUGUGACGCUGUUCCUGUUCAAUAACAAUGCCCUUCUAAUAAUAACCACUCUCUUUUCA